AUGCAGUCACAGGACGGUUUUGGGGUACCAGGGGGGAGUGGGGCGAAGGUUUUGAAGGCGGAACAGAAAGUCAUAUCAUUUAUGGAGCACUUGGAAGUUGCUGAUGACAGCGACGAUGACAUGAUGGAAACUUCAUUUGAGGCGCGAAACAAGGAUAUUGCACCGUACGCUGGGAAGCUGACUAGGGAUGGAUUGCUGCUUCCCGUGUCGCUCCCUGGGUUGAGGGAUCUGCCUCCAGAAUAUCGGGAUUUUGAGUCCAAAGGGGCACAUAUUGAUGUAUCGGAUGACGACGAAGAAGGUGUUACGCUUGGAAGUAAGGAGGAGCCCAUGGAGAUUGACGCCAUUGAUGAUGGAGACAACGAUGCUGGCAAUUUGCGGCCAGAAAUGUUUGCAAAAGGUUCUGUGGCACGAAAAGUAUUGUCCAGUCAUGAUUCGCUGACGUUCAUGCAGUUACCCGGGCUGCUCGCAUUGAUGGAAAGGAAGGAUACAGAUGGAACUUCAAAGAACGAUAGACAGGAACCAGAGCAUGACAAGGUCGAAAGCUCUGUUGCUGCGGCUGUUGCAGCAGCGGAACGCAUGCGCGGAUUGGGAACAGACCUUAGGAAAGUUGGGGAAAGGGGUUCCACCCGGCCUGUUGGAAAGCUACGUUUCUUCAAGAGCGGUCGCGUGCAAAUGGUCAUGGGCAGGGGUGGUUGCAUUGAAUUGGAGCAUGGGAUCUCUCCCAAGGUUACUCAGCAGGUUGUCAUGAUUGAUACCGAACGGCAAAAGUGCGAGGAAUUACAGAAUACGCUAACGUCAAGGCUUGUCGGUGUGCCAACAUUCGGGCCCGCAUGA